CCAUAAUUUAAUAUAUAUUUACUCAUAAAAUACCUUUGAAAUAUAUCAAUACUUCGAUAGCAAUCCACACUACACACGCUACCAUUACAAAGUAGUGGAUUGUUACAGUAGUGUACAAUUUGUAUAUUGUCUUUGACUACAGUAUAUUGGAUUGACUCAUGAAAUCAAUAAUACUUUGAUAUAUUUGCAGAUUUAAGAUGGGUUCCACUAAAGUAUUGAAGACAAUUUUAGAUGAAACUUCAACUUUGAAAUACUUCAUUGAGUACGAUGGUUUCUUCUCGAACCACAUGUCACAUGGAUUGAUUGCUCUUUCCAAAUUGGGAGCUUCAGAAACAAGACUUAGGCGUUUCAUAAAAGUUUAUGAGGCCAAACUGGAGUCGACCACAGGACCGACCAAUAUCUUAGCAGAUGACUCGUUCGAAGAACUCAAAGGAGAGAGAAAAUCUUAUUAUUCUAUAUUGAAGCAUUUCGAGGAUCUUGCAAAAGGGCGGACAAUAACCGAACUUUUGAAUUCUGAAUUUCCAAAGGUUGCGAAAGGUAUGGUUUGUUCAGCGAUCCAUGGCCUGAUUCAUACCGGUUACGCCGUAGCUGUCCAAAAUACAAAAUUAACUUGUGAAGGGCUAGCAUAUCUGCAUCAUUCGUUUGUACCCCUGAUUGCUGCUGACUCUAGAAUAAGAACACUGAGAAGAGACGCACCUACAUACGACAUAUUAGAGGCUAUAGGGAUUGUUGCUAAAGACGACACCUUGUUUGAGCUCAUGAAGACGGAAGUUGCAAAACCAAAGUAUACAGACAAAGUCACGAGCAACUUUCAACGCAGAGUGGCUGCGCUGUUUACAGUCGCUGCAGACACUUUACUCGACUACAUUGAUAAGAUAACACUCCCACCGACAUUCAAUCCCAACAUCCAAACCACGCAGGAGGCAGUCGGGUUAGGGAGAUGGCUCCUGGAUUGCGCCAUAACAGUGUACGUAAAGAGCGAAAACAAAAAUGACUUCUUCUUGCUCCAUGGAGUCACUGGAGCAUGGAGCUUGCUGCAAAUCCUACCAGCCCUGACUUACAAUGACGCCAUCUAUUCCAUCAGGGUUUUCAUGUGUGCUUUUGUGGCGACAUAUCUAGCACAAAUGAGAGCACCAUUGACUGUUGAUGUCAAUACAACACUAAAACCAACAGCUGAUGAUUGGGACAAGCUUAUCGAGGCCACGGUCGAUGAGGAGCGAGAUGAACAUAUUUACAAGCUUGUACAGGUGUGUCAUGGCCUAGCCUUGGAAGAUGAUGUCAAGCACACACAACAAAGCAUGUACUUCCAAGCUGCUAACAUAGCAAUAAGUAAUGCACUGUUAUUUGUCAAAUAUGAUUGAAACAUGGGGUUUGACAUAAAAUGAGUUUUCCGGUAUAUUGGAUAGGAUACGUGUGAGUGAUAUUCGAGCUUAUAGCAGGUUAUACAUUAUGAUAAACCAUGACAUCUCAUUUCUUCUCAGUCCUGAGAUGUUUCAGGUUAAACAGAAAGAUGCUAUGAGUAUCAGAAUUAAU